UUCAUCUAUGAAGAAAUGCAACAGUCAACUAAUCAGAUCUGUAGCUAGACAUUUCCUUGCACACCUGCUUAAAAGAUGUUUUCUCUCACUUCAGGUCAAAUAACUCAGUUUCUCCUGGAAAAACAAGGAUGCCUGGAGUUCAGGGAGCUCAGUCAACUUAUCAGAAGAUGCCGUAAUAUGUCUGACCAGGAUAUUUUUAAGAUUAUCUCUCCAAACACUCAAUUUGUGCUUGUUGAGGAUGGCAAAAAGGGAGGAAAUGGUACUGUCUGUUCUCCAGAAACGUUGGUCAUUGCUAAAACACACCUUUGUGUGUGUCCAGAUGAUCCUGUUAAAUGCAAAACCUGUGAGCAUCUGCAAAUUUGCAGAUAUUUUGUUUGUGGAACAUGUAAGUUUGGUAACAAGUGCAGAAUGUCACAUGAUGUGAAGUCUACUCAUAACACAACACUUCUGAAAAAAGCUGGUCUUCAAGAUCUCAAGGAAAAAGAAUUAUUUCAGCUCCUGCUACAGAAUGACCCCACACUGCUGCCUGAGGUUGAGGUCUGCCCUCACUACAAUAAAGGAAACGGAGAACAUGGCAGCUGUAAGUUUCCAACGUCCUGCACCAACCUGCAUGUCUGCCAGCACUAUCUGCAGGAUAACUGUAAAUUUGGAGAUUCAUGCAAACGGGCUCACAAGUUUGAUACAAACACCAUGAAGAUCCUUAAGCAUAGACUUGGUGAAGAUGAAAGUAAUGGUUUCCUAAAAACAUACAAGAACAGCUUUCUCAUUUCCUGUCACAAAUGCAAACCAGCUCAAAAAGUAGAAACAGUUAAACCAGUAAUGAGCACCAAGCAACUAAACGGCGGAGGAAAGUGUGAGGCAGCUUCUGAUGAAAUCUGCCUCUUCUACAUACGUGGCGGAUGCACUUUCAAAGAGAAAUGUGCCCGAGUGCAUCACAGUAUGCCUUAUAAAUGGCAGUAUUUAAAAAGUGGAACCUGGAAAGACUUUUCAAAUGGAGAGGAUAUUGAGAGGACAUACUGUAAUCCAGCUGAUGAGAAUAGUAAAGGGCCUAUUCAGGUGAACUUCGAAUAUAUGACGUACGAUGGGAUGAAAGUUCGUCGUCUCUCCACAGUGUCCUCUGGUAACAAACCUCCUCACUUUGUCCUGACCACUAAUUGGAUUUGGUACUGGAAGGAUGAAAAGGGAAAAUGGAUUGAAUAUGGCUGUGGGGAAGACGCAAAGCGUAUGGCUUUGAUUACAUCUAAAACCCUGGAAGAGGCUUACCUCAAAGACCCUAAAGAUAAACUGACAUUCAGAUCUGAGAGUCAUGAGUACACACUUAACUUCGACGGCAUGCGUCAGCAAAACCUUAAGCAUGGGACCACACGAUAUGUUCGAAGGAGGCCUAGGUUUGUCUCUUCUGAAGAAGUUGAGAAAAAACUGAGAAGUGAGAGAAGCGGCCCACCCCCUACGAAUGUCCCUGAUUACUGGGAAAAAGAAGCUCUUCCCAACUUCACCUACAAACUUAUAACACUUUCGAGCGGUACAGACGAGUACCAAAAGGUGGAGACACUCUUUAAAGCUACAAUGCCUACAAACAGAAUUAAGGAAAUCCAGAGAGUGCAGAACCCUUCUCUGUGGAAGGUCUUUCAGUGGCAAAAAGAGCAGAUGGAGGAGAGGAAUGGAGGAAGAGAUGUAGAAAAGCGCUACCUCUUCCAUGGCACAGAUGCAUCUCUAAAAGAAGUUAUAUGUGAGCAGAACUUUGACUGGAGAGCCCAUGGUAAACAUGGAACAACCUAUGGCAAAGGAAGUUAUUUUGCCAGAGAUGCUUCUUACUCUAAUAAAUAUGCUAAAUCCAAAGGCGGAAUUAAGAUGAUGUUUGUUGCACUUGUCCUUGUUGGAGAAUUCACCAAAGGAACCAGCAUGUUGCUUCGACCUCCUCAGAAGAAACACAAGCCGGGUGUUUUUUAUGACAGCUGUGUGGACAAAGAAACUGACCCUAGUAUUUUUGUCAUUUUUGAGAAGUACCAGAUUUAUCCCGAGUACACCAUUGAAUACUUUCAUUAAGGACACACUCACACACUAGCACCUGAUGUAUGUCUAAGACACAUCGGUGUCCUUGAACAUUGAUUAUCAGGGUAUUUUAAAGUCACUCUAAAUGUAAAACGAAAACUUUGACCAUGACAUCUUUAAUUCUGAUGGAAUAAGUUUGAUUGAGCAGCGCAAAAAUGGUCACUGCAGUGGUUUUGAUUCAUUCUUUUAAAAAAUUUGAAGAGCUGAAAAUCUCACUGGGAAUCCAAUAUGUGGCAGAACUGUGGCAUAAAAUAAUAUAUCAAUAACAAGGGGAGUCUAAUCUUAUGUGGAAUGAGCUGUUGUGGCUGCAGGUUUUUAUUCUAAUCAAGCAGGAGCCACAGCUGAUUCCACCUGUAUAAUCAGUUCAUCCUGGCUUUCAAGAGACUCAAGUAUGUCUUCUGCUUGGGUGGAAUGAAAACCUGCACUCACAGUGAGUCAUUCUGUAUAAGAUGUAUAUCCUGUGUCUAUGAGGUUCCAAUAUGCAGGAUCAAGCAGGAUUGGAAGGGUUUCCAGUGUAAUUCUUUUAAGAGUUUUUUCUAAUUACAUUUUUGUUGUGGUGGUUGUAGUUGUUCUUUUUAUGGUGUUCAAAUUUAUGUGUGAAUUUAAUGACGGAUACUCUCUAUACAGUACAUAAUACUUACAUAAUACAUAAUAAGUAUACAGUCAUACUUAAAAAAUUAUACAGUACAUAAUACAUAAUAAGUAAAAUGAAAAUGCCAAUAGUACAGAGGAUGUUUUGUAAAAGUUACAUUUUACAAUUACAUUUUUAGCACAACAAUUACAUUUUUACACAAAAAAAGUCUAUUUUCUCUCUGUAUGAAGACUUUUGGGAUAUCCUGUAUUUAUUUACUUACAUUUUUCAUGUAGACAUAUAAUGGGUGUUUAUAUUAUUGUUUAAAAAUUUGGGUGUUUAAAAUUUUUUGAUGAAUUUAUCUUUAUUGAUUAAGAAAGUAUAAAGUUAUUCAGUAAUUCCAGCUUGUACUCGGAUGUUGUUAGCAGAUAAGGCUUGUGUAACCAUUCAGUGUAGUUGAGUUAUAUUCUGUCACUACUAAUACUUGUACACUCACUACUACAAUACUCACUAAAACACAAACUCCUGGCAGUUCUGCAACUGGUGAAUAAAAGCUCCUACAAGUACAAAAAAA